AUGGCCACUCCAGCUCUCACAGAUCUCCUGGCGCGAAACAAGGCCGCGACGGCCUCCUACCAACCCAUGCCUUACCUGUCCGAGAUGAAGACGUUAAACCUCUCGCCGAUUACGACGGUCAUCGUGACAUGCGUGGACCCGCGCGUCAGCCCCGACCAGUUCUUCGGCCUCAAGCUGGGCGACGCGAUCGUCAUCCGCAACACCGGCGGGCGCGUAGAGUCCGCCCUGAAGGAGAUCGCGGUGCUCGACAGCUUACUUGGGCAUGACACGCUCAAGCAGCUGCUUAUCGUGCACCACACGGACUGCGGGGCCAGUCACUUCAAGGACGCGGCUGUGAAGGCGGAGAUCGCUGCUCGGCAUCCCGAGAAGAAAGCAGAGAUCGAGACUUGGUACACGGGUUCUUUUGGAGGAAGAAGCACUGAGGAGAGCGUAAAGGAUGAUCUGGCCAUCGCGCAGGCUGACGAGCUGCUGGGCGAGUCGAUCAAGAAGGGCACGCACGGAUUUGUCCUUGACAUCAAGACGGGACUGCUCACCGAAGUUUGA